AUGCCUAAGCAAUGCUUUUUGUGUAAAAGUACUGAGGACGAUGAGCUUCUGUUGGGAAAAUUCUACACGAAAUGGAGACUGUCCGUUCAUUACUAUUGCUUGCUGCUGUCGUCCAAUCUAGUUCAAAAUGGUAUGAACGACACUGUGGGAAUAUUCGGCUUCCUUGAGACGGACAUACGAAAGGAAAAUGAGCGGACGAAGAAAUGUCGUUGUUACAUCUGCAAGAAUAUGCACGCUAAUGUGUCCUGCUGUGCGAAGAAAUGUCUACGAACGUUUCACACGGUUUGUGGCAUCAAAAACCGCUGUCUAUCCUAUUAUACCGGAACAUUUCAAUCGUGGUGUUCCACUCAUCUGCCGCUCCAAUCUGACCGUACGUGGCAUGCACCAGGAGAACCGUGUUCGAUUUGUUACGACGAUAUGGGUCAGUACGACAAAAUCAAGUCCGUGAGAGCACCCUGCUGCAGGAACGGUUGGUUCCACCAGCGGUGUUUGGCACAGUACGCACAAUCGGCCGGAUACUUCUUCAAAUGUCCAUUAUGCAACAAUGAGGAUAAGUUCUUGGCUGAAAUUCCGCUGCGGGGCGUUUUUGUACCUGAACGCGAUGCCGCCUGGGAGCUGGAGCCUAACGCAUUUCAAGAACAGCUGGUCCGUCCUACGGCAUGCGACGCCGAAGAGUGUAAAUGUGCGGAGGGUAGGUCCUUCGACGACCGGCAUUGGAAAUUGAAAAUUUGCGGUUCGUGCGGGUCUACCUGCCGGCAUCAAGGGUGUAUGGAGUCGUCUCACGUUCGGACCUACCUAUGUCGGCUUUGUCGCCCAAUCGUUGGUGAUAGGGUGAUCGAGGACGAUGAUAGUGACGAUAGUGGUGACGAUGCAGCCUCUUCUUCUUCUACAUCCUCAAAAAGUACAGUGGCUAAAAUGGAUCAAAACAUCAAAAAUCCCACGCCGGGCUCUGAAUCUGGAGUGCACUGUUCAAGCAGUGACGAGACAUUGGCGAACAUUCGACGUUUAAGCCGGCGUAGGUUGCUAGUUAUUUCUGAUGGAUCGGACAGUGAGUGGUCGGAUACAAGCUCCAUUCAAAUUAGACGAUGUAGUAAACGUAACAACGGGAAACGUGUGCAGCGGGUCUUUUUUGAUGAUUCGGACAGCCCCACGUGUUCUUCUGUUGGGAGUGCGACUCAAUCAAUUCGCUCUCCAACUGAGGAUAAUUCCAACAAUGCGCCCAUUCUGCCACAAUCAUGCAUUUUGAGUGAUAAGCGUUCCGACGAGGCUCUGAAUGAAAAUUCCAACACGCCUGGCAAUCAACAAUUGGGCGUUGAACGCUCAUCGGAAGUCUACUGGGAUGAGGAAUCUAGCGAAUCUAACACGUUAACGUCGAAAGUUGAUACCAAUUCGACGAGACGAAUGAAUCAAGCGACCAAUCGUCGAACCAACCAAUCAAAUACCAACGCUUCCGACGAUUCAACCAAACGAUCUGAUGGCUCGGAUGAAUCAUUACCUUGGGUGAAUGCGGCUCGCAAAAGAAUAAGAUCGAAAAAGCUCCCUAAAAUUAUUGUGUCGAGCGAAUCGGAUAACAAUAGCGACUAUCUACCGUUAAGCAAACGUCGACGCAUCUCAAAGUCCUUUUCUGAUGAUAGGAGCCGCUCUCCCAACGCACGAAGCGUUAGUACGAUUGUCACGCGCGGUCAUAGCAUGCGGUCAUCAGAGAACCCCGAAAAAUCUGCUCUCAUCUCUACGACAACUGCUAACGACAGCAAGGAUGUUAAGCCUGGCAAUAGCACGCCGCCAACAUUGGUAUCGGAACAAUCUCCUCCGCUCACCACAGAGAAAGGAAAAACCAACGGCAUGGGCGUAAAGUUGCGUCAUAGCAUUUCGCCCUAUCGGCAGCAGUCAAUUCGGAAGUUCAUCACACUGACUCCAUCGAAAGGUGUGGAUGAAAAUAUUGAAAGUAAUACCAGUACGGAGGACACCGUACAACGGAAGAAAUCUGAUGUUUUUACCGACGAAAGUAAUAGCAACAGCAGCAGCAAUAACAUGAGUAGCAACAAACACUUUGAAAGGCGCGGUACCACAAAAAGUGCAAUAAAUGUUCGAAGACGUCAAGUCAUCUCACCAAAAGGUACAGGGACGAACAGCAAUGAUGAUCCUACUCAAUCGUCCAGCAAAACGCAGGUACAUCGGUCACAGAAUAGAGUCACAGACAAGGGCAAGGGACAAAAGAACAUUAUGAGUUACUUCAGCCGUUAUUAA